AAUCCGGUACGUCUUGUAGCGUUGCGUUAUAUGUUAUUCAUCCACGACUGGUUACAAAUACAAACCUUAAUCUUUUUCGUUCGUGCUUGUUGACGACAACAUUGCCAAAAUGUCUUUGGUCAUCCCUGAAAAGUUCCAGCACAUUUUGCGUAUCCUCAGCACCAACAUCGAUGGCAAACGUAAAGUCAUGUUCGCUAUGACCGCCAUCAAGGGAAUUGGCAGACGGUUUUCCAACAUUGUGUUGAAAAAAGCAGACGUCGACUUGAACAAAAGAGCCGGAGAAUGUACAGACGAAGAGGUUGAAAAAAUUAUCACAAUUAUGCAAAAUCCACGUCAAUACAAAAUUCCAGACUGGUUUUUAAAUAGACAAAAGGAUGUUGUUGAUGGAAAAUUCUCUCAACUUACCUCCAGUACCCUUGACAGCAAAUUGCGUGAAGAUUUGGAAAGGUUGAAGAAAAUUAAAGCUCACCGUGGUCUCCGUCAUUACUGGGGUUUGAGAGUACGUGGUCAACAUACCAAAACUACCGGACGUAGAGGAAGAACUGUUGGUGUAUCUAAGAAGAAAUAAGUUAAUAAAAGUGAUAAUUUUUAUUCAAA